UUUAACGAUGCUUUUCGAAUGCAAACUCUCACCUUUCUCUUUUCUCCUCUUAAUAUCUCCGUUUUUCUCUUUUCAUUUCAAUGCUGUUCUUCUAUCCAAGGAAUUGGUGGUGAAUUGAGAGUUUCAUAGAUGCAGUGUCCAUUGGAUGGUGUUCAUGAUGGGCUGAUGAGGGUUAGGGAUGACAAAUCUCAUGUCCACCAACUGUUCGAUGAAAUGUCUACAAGAAUUGUAUCACAGAGAAAUGGGGCUGUCGAGGGUUCGAUAUCGAGCAGGAUUGAGCAUUUGGAGGUGGAAGCAUUGAAGGCAAAGGAUUCAGAGAGGGAAAUGCUGGAAUCUUUGGUUUGUCAGACAAAGCAACUUGAGGAGGCGAAGAUUUCGCUUGAAGAGGCGAAGUUGGAGAUAAAAAGUCUCAUGGAGAGACUAAGAAGUUUGGAGAGUUCUCAUGGUCAUCAUGGGAAGAUUCUAGAGAAGCAUCGAUCACUUGGUGCGGUUCGUGGUGAAGAGAAAGUUAGAAUGCUUGAAAAUGAGCUUAAGUUAGCUGUCCAAGCAGAAGAGAAAAGUAAGAUGGCGAUGGAUGCUCUUGCUAUGGCUCUUAAGGAAGUAAGCACAGAGGCACAUCAAGUGAAGGAGAAGCUCUCCAAGACACAAUCUGAAUUAGAGAGCACGAGAGCUGAAGCGAAAUGCUCGAAGGCUUUGUUGAAAGAGUGCUGAGGAGAAGCUCCACCGGGCGUUGGAAGAAAGCAAGAGAUUGAAGCUCGAAGCGGAGGAUUUGCAAGGCACUUGGAUUGAGAAAGAGAAUGGGUUUAUAAACUUCAUGAAGAUUACCGAAGAGGAGAUUACAAAUAUGAACAGGGAAAACAAUAGACUGAUCGAUUUGCUUAGAGGAUCGCGUGAAGAGAAUUCAAGGCUGCGUGAUAUACUGAAACAAGCGGUGAAUGAGGCUACCAUCGUGAAAGAAGCUUUGGAGAUUGUUCGGAAGGAGAAUUCUCAAAUGAAGGACACUCUAUGCGACAAAGAGAAUGCCUUGCGGAGCAUCAAACAAGAGUACGAAUGUCUUAAGGUGAGUGAAGCUGCGGCCACUCAAAGUGUAAAGGAAUUGCAGAGUUUGCUAACUGCUACUUCAGGUAUUGACUCUAAGAAAAAAGCUAUCGAUACAUUUAGUGAACCGAAACCAGUGAUUGGUGAAGUCAAGAGCAAUAAGACUAUGUCAAAAUUUCCAUCCGAACAUAUGAGCCGAGCAAAUCCUCCUGGUACUCUUUCGCGCAGAUACUCUAUAGGUGAGUCAGGGAGAUUCGAAGGAUCUAUAUUCGAUAUGGUUUGGUCACCAGAGCAUAACCGCGAGAGGAAUCGCAAGUCUCAAUCUUUUAGUGGUCUCACAGAGUUGAGGGCUCCUCCUUCCUCUAUUCCUUCUGGCUCAUCUCUCAUCGACAAGGCUCGAUUAGAUAGCAUUGGGCAUGAGGAGAAUUCUCCUUUUAAGUUGAGAAAAGAAACGGCAACUUUUCCGAAGAUUUGGUGAUUUGCUGCGGAGAAGAAGCUUUCACAAGUAGUUCUGAUUUGAUUUUCUUCUAAUUUUUUGUUACGUCAAUUACAUUUCUGAUGCUUGUUUUUUGUGCUUAAAACAGCACAUGAUACAACACUUGCAUUGUUUAUAACUUUGAAAUCAAGUGAAAAUUCAUGAUUGUUGA